UCAGUUGGUCAUCUUUUGAAAUUUGUGUAAAAUUACUUCCAUAGUAAUUUGUAUUAUUGAAAUUUUGCUUUCAUUUUUGAAUCAAGUUUAAUCAACUUAUCAUUUAGUAAUUAUGCCUCCUCAACCCUCAGGUAAAGCUGUUAAGAAAGCCGGUAAGGCCCAAAAAGCUGUACGAGCCACUGACAAGAAGAAGAAGAAGAAGCGACGAAAGGAAUCCUUCUCUAUCUACAUCUACAAAGUGUUGAAACAAGUUCAUCCCGACACUGGUAUCUCAUCCAAAGCCAUGUCCAUCAUGAAUUCCUUUGUUAAUGAUAUUUUCGAAAGAAUUGCUGCUGAGGCUUCCCGAUUGGCCCACUACAACAAGCGAUCAACCAUCACAUCCAGGGAGAUCCAAACCGCUGUCCGACUUCUCCUUCCCGGUGAAUUGGCUAAGCACGCUGUAUCAGAAGGAACCAAAGCUGUCACCAAAUACACUUCAUCUAAAUAAACAAUUCCAUCAUAAUAAUUAUCAUCAUCCUUCAUUCUUCAUCAUGAUCACCUAAUUUACCUCAUAUAACCAAAAAACGGCCCUUUUCAGGGCCAAUACAUAUUUGAGAAAAGAAGUUUUAUAAUUGCUUUCAUUUUUUGUUUUUAUCUUGAGACUUACGUUGAAAUUUAUGAUAAAUGCUUAAUUUGUUUCAACAAUUGAUUUUCACUUUUACAUUGGAAAAUAUUCUUCGGUGAUUCUUAAAUAAAAUAAUUUAUU